UUUUCGAUUUUCUAACGAGUAAAGUAAAUACCUACCUGAGCUUUAUUAAAAAUCCCUUCUUGGUGCGUCAUACUAUUUUAAGAAAGUGAAAACUUACCUUAAUCGGCGCUGAGCAAAGGUUUCUACAGAAGUCAUCACUUCUAUAUUUUCACACUUCAAAAACUUCCUUUAGCAAUAGGAGGCGAGACAUGCAGUUACAGUCGAGUGAAAACGUUACGAAAUUGUUCGCACAAUCUGCCACCCCAGUCAUCUACGACAUCAAGGAAUGCUUUCUUUUUGACCUGAACUUUGCUUCAGCUAAAUAUCUCUUCGCCACCCACAUUCUAACCACGAUUGUGAACUUCGUCUUCUCUGCGUCAGCGAUUGGUGGGAAUUCCAUCGUGAUCUUCAGUGUUUGGAAAACGCCCUCACUUCAAACGCCAUCGAACGUUUUUAUAUGCUGCCUCGCCUUUAGUGAUUUAGCAGUUGGCUUGUUGACUCAGCCAUGUUUUGUUGUUCAUAAGGUCGGCGAAAUGUUCCAUCGCGUCGAAAUGUAUUGCACCACAAGAAUGCUACUCGAGUCACUGGGAAAUAUUACAACAGGAACUUCAGUACUCACAAUGACGGGAAUAGCCGCGGAAAGAUGGCUUGCUUUGUAUUUCCAUUUGCGUUACAACAGAGUAUUAACCUGUACUCGAGUCCUUUCCGCAGUGGCAUGUUUCUGGGGCGUUUUUGUAGUCUUCGCCGUCCUCCGGGUUUCUGUUUUGCGCCCAGAGGCGUACACCGCCAUCUUAACCACCGUAAUUGCACUUUGUUUUCUCUCUAUUUGCCUGGCCUACAUUAAAAUCUUGCGAUGUGUUAAACGACAUGAACGUCAAAUUCAAGCAGUACAAACGGAGGUCAAGAGAUCUGGUCGACAAAUCGAGCAAACCGCGAGUCGCUUGAGAAAUAUGCUACGCUACAAGAAGUCAACAAUUGCCAUGAUUGUCGUCGUUGGUUUUUUCACGGCUUGUUUUGCGCCUCUCAUGUGCGUUAUACUGGCCUACAAGAUGUUGGGAUACACCACUCCGGUGAAAACGGCCUUUAUGUACGCAUCAACGAUAGCCUUUCUAAACAGCUCAUUGAAUCCUCUUGUAUAUUGUUGGAGAAUACGAACUUUGAGAACCGCCAUUAAAACGGUUUUAGGAGAAAGAAUGCGUAGAAAAGGAAUCUAACAUCCAGAAACUUCUAGUCCUGACAUAGUAAUCUGUCCUAUAAUAUGGGUGUCAAAUCCUCUAGACUGAGAUCUCCCAUGAUCCCCUAG